AUGAAACUAGAAGGUGAUCCAGAUGCCCCUGAUGACUUACAAAAUACAACCCCUCUUGCCCUGCCAUUGCAUCAUUCGUCUAGUGAUGAAGAAGUAAUUGAGGUAAUCACUGAACCACCUAAUGUUGCACCAUAUACACUUCCACCUAGAUCCACUAGGGGAAAACCUAAACCUCAAUAUUGCCCUGGCCUUAAUGCUAAAUCUAAAUAUCCCAUCAAUAACCAUGUGUCCACUCAUAGAUUGUCAAAGUCAUAUACAUCAUUUGUCAAUCAAUUAUCUACUGUAUGUGUUCCAAGUUCUAAGAAGAGGUUUGGGUACAUUCAGAGUAACUCUGAUCACACAUUGUUCUUAAAGCGUCGUGGUGGAAAACUUACUGCCCUGAUCAUCUAUGUAGAUGAUAUGGUGGUUACUGGUAAUGACAAUGAGGAGAUGCAGACUUUACGGAAGCUCCUUGCAAGUGAAUUUGAGAUGAUGGAACUUGGUGAGUUACAAUAUUUUCUUGGCAUAGAGGUUGCUAGAUCUAAACAUGGCAUAUUUCUAUCCUAA